AUGGCGGCCGCGGCGCUGGCGGCGCCGGAGGGCGGCUCAGCCGCGAUGCCGGCGGGGAGCGCGGCGGCGUGUCCGCCCACGCCGGGGCCCUCGGGCCCGGGCUCGUGGAGCCGCUCCUUGGACCGAGCCCUGGAAGAAGCGGCGGCCAGCGGCACCCUCAGCUUGAGCGGCAGGAAGCUCCGCGACUACCCSCGGGCCAGCGCCGCCAACCACGACCUGAGCGACACCACGCAGGCCGAUUUGUCACGGAACAGGCUGUCAGAGCUCCCCGCAGAAGCCUGUCACUUUGUCUCCCUCGAGAGCCUUAAUUUGUACCAAAACUGCAUUCGAUACAUCCCAGAGGCCAUUCUGAACCUACAGUCUUUAACAUUUCUAAAUAUCAGUCGAAACCAGCUUUCCACACUGCCAGUGCACCUGUGUAAUCUACCACUAAAAGUUUUGAUAGCCGGUAAUAAUAAGUUGGUCUCAAUACCCGAAGAAAUCGGACAGCUCAGACAGCUGACAGAGCUUGAUGUGAGCUGUAAUGAAAUACAGACAAUACCUCCCCAAAUUGGCAGUCUGGAGUGCUUGCGUGACCUAAAUGUCAGAAGAAAUAAUUUGGUGCGUUUACCUGAAGAGCUUGCUGAGUUGCCUUUGAUUCGGUUAGAUAUCUCCUGCAAUAAAAUAACAACAAUCCCCGUUUGUUACCGGAACCUCAGACAUCUGCAAACCAUCAUGUUAGAGAACAACCCCCUCCAGUCACCCCCUGCACAGAUAUGUAUAAAAGGAAAAAUUCACAUAUUUAAAUACCUAAACAUAGAAGCAUGCAAGAUAGCUCCAGACUUGCCUGAUUAUGAUAGGAGACCCAUGGGGUUUGGAUCCUGCCAUGAAGAACUUUACUCCAGUCGUCCAUACGGAGCACUAGAUUCUGGCUUCAAUAGUGUGGACAGCGGAGACAAAAGAUGGUCAGGGAAUGAACCUACAGAUGAGUUCUCCGACCUCCCUUUGCGUGUGGCAGAGAUCACUAAGGAACAGCGACUGCGAAGAGAGAGCCAGUAUCAAGAAAACAGAGGUAGCACAGUCGUAACUAACGGUGGAGUGGAACAUGACCUCGAUCAGAUUGACUAUAUUGACAGCUGUGCCACAGAGGAGGAGGAGGAAGAGGUGAGGCAACCCAAGGGCAUGGACGCAGACAGCCUCAGCUCACAGUUCAUGGCGUAUAUUGACCAGCGGCGAAUCUCUAACGAGGGUUCACAUGUAAAACCUGUAGCUGUCAGAGAAUUUCAGAGAACAGACGAUGCCAGGCGAUAUUUACAUCAAAAUAGGGAUACUGAUGAGUUACGAAGACCUGAAACUUUAAAUUUGAUGCAGGACAGAGAGCAACACCGAGUACUAAGGAAUUAUGUGGACAGGACAGAGAGGCCGUUGGCUGAUUCACCUCACUUUCUCUCACUAUCAAGUCAUCACAGUCAGGUGCCCAACGCAGACCCCGAGCUGCACCACAGGCACAUCGAGCGUGCCCGRCGGGAAGCCCAGCUAGCAGCGCUUCAGUACGAGGAAGAGAGGAUGAGAACAAAACAGAUCCAGAGAGAAGCUGUCCUUGACUUUGUUAAACAAAAAGCAUCGUUAAGCCCUCAGAAGCAAAGUCCUCAGAAGCAAAGUCCUCUGGAUAGUGAGUGUCCCUUUCCAUCCCGAAGGUCUCAGCAUACUGAUGAUAGUGCCUUGUUAGUGAGUGAUGACAGAUCGACCAUCUCUCCCAGCUCACCUACCACUCAGACAGCCCACCUUUCCCCUCCAUAUCCUGGCCCUACAGCCCCGCCUUCCUAUAGAAACCCUCCCCAGCGACCUGAGAGUUUCCUUUUCCGGGCAGCUGUCAGGGAUGAAGCAAAGAAAGCUGUUACUUCAUCUUCCACCUGUGCCUUGUCUCCUGCUCAUGAUUCUGCAGACCCCAGAGCAAGACAGUACUCCAAACAGCGGGAGGAAGAGCUGGAGCUGAUAGAGCAGCUGCGUAAGAACAUCGAAUCCCGCUUGAAGGUGUCAUUGCCCAGUGAUCUGGGAGCAGCUCUCACCGACGGUGUCGUUCUGUGCCACUUGGCUAAUCACGUGCGUCCUCGAUCCGUUCCCAGCAUCCACGUCCCUUCCCCUGCCGUUCCUAAACUUACAAUGGCAAAAUGCAGACGAAACGUGGAGAAUUUUUUGGAUGCUUGCAGAAGGAUUGGAGUGCCUCAGGAGCAAUUAUGUUUGCCUCUACAUAUUUUAGAAGAGAAGGGUUUGACACAGGUAGCUGUGACUGUCCAGGCGCUCCUGGAGCUGGCACCCCCAAAGCAGCAGCCACUUCACCACUUGUCUGCUGUGUAGAGACCUCCGGGACCUUUUGGGUUGCCUUGGCUAAGAGAAGGACGUGAAGACGUUACUGCCCGUGCAGUGCAUCCCAACACACAGAGCUCCCUUCUAAGGAAAUGAGUUGCCAUGAUUCCUGACAGGAAUGUCUUGCUUCGUUGCUCCACUUUUUUUGGAGAACACAACAGUUUCCAGUAACGGGAGGCUUUUCUUAUCAAUCAUUUUUGCCCCUUGUAAAACCAAGUUUAUUGGGAGGAGGGCAGGGAGUUCCGCUGAACGAUGGUUGGAGCCAACUGUAGAAACUUGACCUUGUAGAUUGAAGACAUGGGUGUACAGUUUGGAAAAUGAGAUGAUCCCUAAGGGGAUCCAUUUAUUACAGGGAUGGUUUGCAGUGGGCACAUGGGGAACAAGACUUAUUUUUUCCCUUCCCCACAGGGUUCAAAGAAAGGGAGGGUUUUUGCCUCUUUUUCCAUUAUAAUAACGAUUAUAGGGUAAGAUUGUGUUGGCGGAAGCCAGACCAGUUCCAUUUGUAUUGAACACAUUAGCAUUCUUGAUGGGUUUACUUUUUGUUUGGGUUUUAAUAGGUUUUGGGCAUCUUUUCCAACAUCAGUGGAGGAAAUCUCCCUUCUACCUCCUCUCACCUCCUUGCAAUCACAUAAGGAUGCACUUAGUUACUGCACGGUUUUGUCGAGGAUGACUAAAUGUCAUCAAUAAUCAUGUACCUGUUUGCACUGCAGUGCAAAGAGUUGCUGCCUGCUGUGCUGAUCUUAGAAGCCCUUUAUUAGUCAGAACUUUUAGCAGGGUUGGAGCCUCCUAUGCAGUCACGCUAACACUGGUGAAUGUCCCAGCUGCUGAAAAAUGAAUGAUUUGGGGAACAUAAUUACUGAAUUUGCACAGGUAGGUUGCACGUUAUCCAAGCAGCAAGCUGUUGCAACAGGUAGGUUUGGCAGGGCUUUAAGAAAAGCCUUUUUUCGUUAGGGUUACAAUAAAGAGAUGCACACGUUUCAUAGAAGUACACAACUUCACUCUUCUUUCCUUAGCCAAAAACAGAUGCUGAAAAUACAGGAAGGGCAGAGACACUAGCCAAGUUCUGCGCUUUGCUUUAAAGCCAACCUGCAAAACAAGGACUCGGUUUCUGUGCUUUAGUCCCAAGGACUAGGCCAGGUUUAUUACCACACGGGUAACUAUUUUUCUUCUUCCCAAGACCUUGCAGAAUCCGGCUCUCUACACGUGCUGUUCUUCUGUUAGCUUCUGGUCUGUUUAAAACGCCCCAGAAUAUUGCACUGCAAAUACCAUGUAGAGCAUGGAGUCCCAGAGCAGCCUCAAGGCCUGCAGAUAGUCCAUCAAGUGAUGUAUUUGAGCCAGAAUUUACCAAGAAGGUUUCAUGGGGAUGAAGAAAGGAGAAGAAAUAGGAAAAUGUUAACUAAAAGUCACCUUUUUUGCAGUAAUGCUGCUCUGGGAACACUGGCCAGAACUGGUCUCAGCUGGACUUUUCCCCCUUUAAUUUCCCCCUUUAAUUUUAAUUUUUGUAGUUUGGCUCCUGCCGUUCUGCUUCAUGCAAGUCCCAAGGUCCAGUGCAGUGACUGCUCUGCCCUGUUCUUGUAGUGGUUCCAGCUGCUGCUCAUUGGCAUUGACUGGCCACACUGCAAGGGCAAAGGAGCACGUGAAGGGUGUUCAGAGCUGGGCACCUGGAGAUAAGAAACUUCAUUUUCCUGGUGGGUAAGGGGUUGUCCUGAACUCUUCAAAACCUGUAUACGCCAAUAACUUGCACUAAGGGGAGGAAAGCAGAGGACUCUGCUCUCCAGACUGGCGGCACAGAGCAGGCGUUUCUGGCACCAGGUUUGAGAGAGGACACCGCGUUUAUCUUAGUGUCCAACGUCAGGCCAUUUGUGCCAAACGUGGGCACGUGACUGCAGAAGCUCCUCGUCCCUAGACUACUUGUGUGUCAUUUGAGGAAGACGGUUCCCUGGUAGGUUUGCAGGGCCCUGCUGUUUGCUCCAGCCCAGCUUCCAGCACCCGUAGAAAGGGAGACGCAGCAGUGGUCGGGGGGUGGAGGCUGUGUCAUUAAUACCCAGUGAUGUGUCUUUAAUACCUGGUUUUAGGAAUUAACGGGCUGGGUGGGCAGUUGAAUCCGGGCUUCAGGAAUAUCACUUACUACGAGCUAUCACUUGAGUCGUUCCUGGCGCCCGCGCGCUCUGCAGGUUCUGGUGUAUGCUGGUCGUGUUACUGUCACUUCUGUAAUUUGUAUUUUCAUGCCAAAUCUUGACCAGAUGUUUAGGAGAAAAAUCUAAGCCUUAAGGUUUCACCACGUGGCUUAUUUAAUGUAUUACAGCCAAACCACUCCAGUUCUCUUUCACAAUGCAGUGGGUUGGGAUUUGUUGGGGGCAUUGGCGUGCAAUGUUUGUUUUCUCCACUGAAAAGAAUAUUUUCAAGAGCACGUAUGAGAUUUUGUGUAUCAAAGCGAGAGGCAGUUUUGUCUUUCCUUUCUGGGGCAUUUGUGUUGGAGGGCGAAAUCCAGGCGUGUGGCUGGUGUUGGUGUUUAUGGAGUACCUCCAACGUGUCACCGUCCUUCCUUACGUGAAGUCCAGCACCCAACAGCAUCUGAGGCUUCAGCAGAGUCACGGAAUGGACAUCGGCAGCACCGGCACUCGGGCUCCUUGGGAGCCUUGGAAAGAUCAGGUCAGAACAGCGGGAGUUGCUGCUCCCCCGUGUGAAGGGGAAGUGUUUUCUGAGGCCUCUGCUUUGGUGGCCUGGUUAAAAUAAAUGGGAAACGACUUUCUGCAGUGCUGGGAACAUCUCGGUUGUUCUCCAUAGUGACAUGACGAGUGGUAUUUUUAGACUUUUAUGACUAUAAAUGGUUCUUUGAAAACUUUUUAGAAGCAGAGGACUUCCAAGGACAUUGAAAACAAUCAUUUGUAUAGAUAUUGUGGUGUUUUACAAAGUGUUCUAAUGUUGUUAUUUCUGAAAACAGUGUAAACGUGUAAUUAAUGGAGUAAAGGAUUUUAAAGCUUCAUCCCAUGCUGUAUGUCUGUAAAUACAUUCCAUAAUUUCUAAGUCUGUUAAG